CGGGGCCGGUACCGGGGCCGGGCCGGGCCGGGACCGAUCGCGGCGCGAUGCAGAAAUACGAGAAGCUGGAGAAGAUCGGCGAAGGCACCUACGGGACCGUGUUCAAGGCCAAGAACCGGGAGACGCACGAGAUCGUGGCGCUGAAGCGGGUGCGGCUGGACGACGAUGAUGAGGGGGUGCCCAGCUCGGCGCUGCGGGAGAUCUGCCUGCUCAAGGAGCUCAAGCACAAGAACAUUGUCAGGCUCCACGACGUUCUGCACAGCGACAAGAAGCUGACCCUGGUCUUUGAGUUUUGUGACCAGGACCUGAAGAAAUACUUUGACAGCUGUAACGGGGAUCUGGACCCUGAGAUCGUCAAGUCCUUCAUGUACCAGCUGCUGAAGGGGCUCGCCUUCUGCCACAGCCGCAACGUGCUGCACCGCGACCUGAAACCGCAGAACCUGCUCAUCAACCGGAACGGGGAGCUCAAGCUGGCGGAUUUCGGGCUGGCUCGGGCCUUCGGCAUCCCUGUGCGCUGCUACUCGGCCGAGGUGGUCACUCUGUGGUACCGGCCCCCGGACGUUCUCUUUGGGGCCAAGCUCUACUCCACCUCCAUCGACAUGUGGUCAGCUGGGUGCAUCUUUGCGGAGCUGGCCAACGCCGGGCGGCCCCUCUUCCCGGGCAACGACGUGGACGACCAGCUGAAGAGGAUCUUCAGGCUGCUGGGGACCCCCACGGAGGAGCAGUGGCCGGCCAUGGCCAAGCUGCCGGACUACAAGCCCUACCCCAUGUACCCAGCUACCACCUCCCUGGUCAACGUGGUGCCCAAGCUGAACGCCACUGGCCGGGACCUGCUGCAGAACCUGCUCAAGUGCAAUCCGGUGCAGCGCAUCUCAGCGGAGGAGGCCCUGCAGCACCCCUACUUCACCGACUUCUGCCCCCCCUAGGGCCCCCCGAGGCCCCAGACCCCCUGAGGGGGUGCCAGCCCGUGCCAGCCCCCCUGACUGCAGCCCCCCCAGUAUUUAUU